AUGGAGGAGUGUCUACACCUGCAGACGGCAGAGCUGCAGCUUUAUGUCCCGACCGACACAGAACCUCUGCUAACCCGAGCUAACCGUCAGGUGAUCCGCAGGUUCAGUCUGAGUGUAAAGAGGCUGGACGUGCCGCAGUGUCUCACAGCUGACAGACAGGUGGACGUGGCCUGGAGGUGGCGCUGUUGCUGUCCAGCCAAUCAGCAGCAGCAGCAGAAGAAGAAGAAGAAGCAGGAGCUGAUUGGCUGCCGGCUGCAUGAAGACAUGAUGGCGGCGGCAGCAGCUUCAGGAGGAACCGGCAGAGAGCAGCAGGUCUCUCAUGAGUCUCCUGGUGAGUUUGUCCACCGGCGGCUCCAGCGGACCGGACCGAGCAGCGGGCCGCUCAUCUGGGUCUGGCCACGUGGCCGCAGGACCUACUUUGCGGGCCAGGAGCACCAGGUCCGGCUCAUCUAUCAGGGUCAGCUGCUGCAGGACGACGCUCAGACUCUGGCGUCGCUGAACCUCGUCCAUAACUGCGUCCUGCACUGUCACAUCUCGCAGCACGCCGGGCGGGGGGCGGCGGGGGGUCCGCGGCCCGCCGACCAGGUGCAGGUGGCGCUGAACGUGGGCAGCCUGAUGGUGCCGCUGCUGGUGCUCAUGCUGUCGGUUCUGUGGUACUGUCAGAUCCAGUACCGGCAGUUCUUCACCGCCCCGGCCACUGCCUCGCUGGUCGGAGUCACCAUCUUCCUCAGCCUGGUGGCCUUCGGGGUCUACCGCCGCUAGCUGCUCUCUGAUUCGCUGCUGACCUCCGGCCUGCGGGAGGAAACGGACGCUGGUGAUAGUUAAUGUUUGUUUCUGUUGCCAUGGAGACGCUGAGUGUAAACAAGGACUUUAAUUUUUAUUAUUUUUAGAUGGGGUUUGUGUUCAUCAUCAUCAUCAUCAUCAUCAUCAUCGUGCCUCUCUGACCUUCUGAGUCUGAAUGAAUGAGUGACGGGGAGCUAAGUUCAUGUGAGUUCCAGCUUUUGACAAAAGAGAAAAUCUAUUAAAACAUGAAUUGAUGCUGA